AGCGCGCUAGCAAAAGCAUCCAUCAACUGAAAUAUGCCUUAGAGGAAAGACAGUUUGCAGAAGGAGAGGAUGAAGCUGGGUUUGACCAGUGCUCUGUGGACAAGGGCAGUGAUGAUGUGGACAGGGGCAAUGAUGACAGUGGGAAUGCAGCCUCGCAGGAACUGCAGCACAGUCAAGCAGUUAAUCAACUUAAAAUUUUGUUGCAACAUCAAGAAAGAAUGGGAAGUGAAGUCUCUCCAUCAAGGAGGAAGAUGUCUUUCUGUAAACACCCAGAAGCCACAUCUGGAGACUUACCAGCCCUUUCUGAUCUUGUUCCUAUAAUCAAUGAUCAGUCACAGUACAUUAAUCAUUUAGAAGCAGAAGUGAAGUUUUGCAAGGAGGAACUGGCUGGGAUGAAAGAUCAAGUACAAGUAGUUGUGCUUGAAAAUGAGGAACUCCAUCAGAAACUGAAAUUCUUAACUGCGGAACAGACGUUGAGAGAACAAACUCUUCUAGAUGCCUCAGCAAAUACUCAGAACUCCUGGCCUGUAGAUGGUAAUAACUGUAGCAUGCAUCAGCCUGUCACCUCAUCACCAGCACAUAACAAGGAUCAGGCUUUUGUUAAGGCAGCUGUUGGAGAAAUAGAAAAAUGGCAUGAAGAACUGGAGAAGCUAAAACUUCUUUAUCAAGAGAAAGUCAAUAUCCUUGAUGCUCAAAUACAGUCUCUAAGAAAAGACCUUUCAGAAUCUCAGAAGACAUGUAAAGAUUUAGAAGGAAGGCUAAAACACCAGAAGUUGCUUGUUUCAACCACGAAUUCUAGCCGAGUUGGUGGUCUGUGUCUGAACUGUGCACAACAGGAGGCAGUUCUUUCACAGACUCAUUCUAAUGUUCACAUGCAGACCAUUGAGAGGAUAACAAAAGAAAGAGAUGAUUUGAUGGAAGCACUUGUUUCACUGAGACGAAACAUGAAGGAGAUGCAGCAAAGAGAAUCUAAUGCUUGUGAGCAAGUUAAACAAGCUAUGCAAAUGGCAGAAGAAGCCAAUUUAGAAAAAACAAAGGCUCUAGUCUAUUGUGAGCAGCUGAAAAGUGAGAUGGAAAGGCAGAAGAAUCGUCUUGAAAGGGAGUUAGCUGCCCAGCUAAAUAAGAGGACUGGUGAAAAAGAAGCACUGCGAGAAGAAAUGAAGAAGGAAAGGGAGGACUUGACAGCAAUGGUGACGGCUCUGUCUGAGAAUGUGGCCACGUUGGAGGCUCAGGUGGAGAGAAUUACAAGGGAAAAGAACUCUCUAGUUAACCAGUUAGAAGAAUCACAACAGCAGCUUAAAUCUCAUGAAAUGGAGAUGAAUAAGGUGUGUGGAGAAAUGCGCUAUCACUUGAAUCAAACCAAAAUGAAGAAGGAUGAGGCAGAAAAGGAGCUCAGAGAGUACAGAACAAAAACUAUAAGGGAGCUUGAAAUUAAGGACCAGACAAUAGAAAAACUGGGAUUAGAGCUGAAUGGAAACAAACAGCGUUUGGAACAAGCCCAGCAGGAUGUGACAGGAGCCAGAGAGGAGUGCCUAAAACUGACAGAGCUGCUGAGUAAAUCUGAGCACCAACUGCACCUCACCAGGAAUACAUUAGGUGACAUUGCUGUCAUGGGUGAAGAAGGGGGGAAAAAAAGAGAUGAGAGAUUCGUUGCUGCUGAACUGUUAUCUGUUGUCCCCAUGUACUUAGACUGGUAG